AUGUCUCCCAGAAACCCGGAGGUUGAAGUGGAAGAUAUAGACAAAUCUCUCAUCGACAAUGUUGAAAUUGUCGCCAAUGCCGACAGGCCCAACCCCCAGAAAGAAGCUCCGGCCUACGUUGCCAAUCUGACACCCGAAGAACGCACGAAAGCCGAGAAAGCUCUUGUUCGCAAGAUUGACAUACGGCUAUUACCCAUGAUAAUUCUCAUGUACAUUCUCAACUAUCUCGAUAGGAACAAUAUUGCUUCGGCUCGUUUAGCAGGUCUUGAGGAAGACCUAGGUCUUGUGGGCAACCAGUUCGCGACUUGCGUUAGUAUACUGUUCGUUGGAUAUCUGUUGAUGCAGAUCCCGUCCAACCUGAUGCUCAACAAAUUCGGCAAGCCAGCCCUCUACCUCCCCAUUGCUAUGAUUCUCUGGGGUAUCAUUUCCACCGCCACCGCCGCCGCUCAAAGCUACGCAGGUCUCGUGGUGAUCCGCUUCUUCCUGGGUUUCGUCGAGGCUGCCUACUUCCCAGGCUGCUUGUACUUCCUGAGUGUUUGGUACACCCGCAAGGAGCUGGGGUUUCGCACAGCAGCACUGUACUCUGGAUCUUUGCUCUCGGGUGCUUUCUCAGGUCUCAUCGCAGCAGGCAUCACUAAGAACAUGGACCACGUGCUAGGACUGCGUGCUUGGCGAUGGCUAUUCAUAAUUGAGGGUGCUUUCACUAUUGUGAUUGCCUUUGCCGCAAUUUUUGUUCUCCCCAACUUCCCUCGCACCACUAGUUGGCUUUCAGAGGAAGAGAAGCAGCUGGCCGCGUGGCGUCUGGAAGAAGAUAUCGGCGAAGAUGACUGGGUCGACAGCGAACAACAGAGCUUCUUGCACGGAGCUAAGCUCGCCUUUACAGACAUCAAGACUUGGGUUCUGAUGCUCAUGAUCCUCUGUAUUGUCUCCUCUGCCUCAGUUACCAACUUCUUCCCGACAGUCGUCAAAACACUCCAAUACGGCAACAUCGAGACCCUACUCCUGACAGCGCCACCCUACUGUCUGGCCGUUAUAUGCGCCUUUGGCAACGCAUGGCAUGCAGACCGUACCGGAGAGCGGUAUUUCCACGUUACCGCACCGCUAUACAUUUCCGUCGUGGCAUUCAUCAUUGCUGCUACUACCACAGCUACUGCACCCCGCUAUGUGGCGAUGAUGCUCAUGGUACCGUCUUUCUACUCCGGCUACGUUGUCGCCCUCGGCUGGAUCUCAAAUACCCUGCCUCGCCCGGCUGCGAAGCGUGCCGCUGCUCUGGCUGCUAUUAACUGUGUCAGCAAUGCUAGCAGUAUCUAUGCUAGCUAUAUGUAUCCUGAUUCUCAGGCUCCAAGAUUUAUUCCUGCCAUGUCCGUCAACUGUGCAACGGCUUUUAUUGCUAUUGUCUCUGCCACGGUGCUUCGAUUUAUGCUCGUGCGUCUCAAUAAGAAGCUUGAUCGUGGUGAGGAGGUUGAGGGUGCUGUUCCAGGCGAAGGAAGCCGUCGGGGUUUCCGCUUUUUGAUUUAA